GGCGACGGCCACGACACAACGUGCGGCAUUCCCAUUCUGCGCAGCUUUGCAUUAUGGACGACCGAGGGAAAGAAGGGAAAAAGAGAAUUCAGGAAGACGGUCCGAACGUGGAGAUGAAGCGGUCACGCCGUGACCAAGAUGUCGAAAAGGCAAACAAAUCCGGCGACGCACGUAACCGCCAGAGCUCUACCCAACCUCUCCAAGGGAAAACUGAUCCAACUGUUGAAGUCGGGACUGAAAAAUCAGAGUCACAGGUUCAUUCAUUGUCUACGGACAACCGUAAAGCCGCGGAACCUCAUCAACAACUUCCUGAAGGGACCAGCAAUGCCAAGAAAAAGAAAAAAAAGAGGAAGAGAAACAAAAAGAAGAGAGAUGGCCCUGCAUCAUUGGACCAAGAGCAGAUAACCUCUGAUCUGUCUCUGGAAGGAGAGCAGGAAAAGAGGGCACAGGAAGGAGGAGGGAACUCAUCUGAAAGUGACUGCUCAGUUACAGCUAUAGAUGCGACACAAGACCUACUCUGUGAUGGUUCUCCCUCUCUAGAAAGCCAGCCUCAUUCCUUAGUGGCUCAAAGUGCUACCGAACAAGCCAACAGCUCACCUGUCAUUCCCAGUGUAAAAAGUGAUUCCAUACUGGAACCAAGUACGGAGAGUCCGUCAUCUACAUCCGCUGGUAACGGUACCACAGGAGAGAAUGAUAGAUCACCUCCAACCCAGACAUCUAAGGAAGCUCUGUCUGGCACUCCCACUUCCCCCUCUAGGCCAGAUGUCAGAGCAAGUACAGCUCCUCAAUCGGGGUCACAAAAAGAGUCGAAGGUCACCAAACCCAAAGAUGGAAAGACCGAAGCUCAAAGCUCAAAAACUAUGAAAGAUAUGGUCAACACCAAAACAGCUAAAGGGGACCAGAACGCUAGCGUGGCUCAAAAUUUAAAUCAGAUGGGGAAAACUACACAGAAAUUGAAAUCUGGUCCAGAGGGACAAGAAGUGAAGCAACCCCCAGCUGAUGAACAAAAGAUGGUUUUUGGCCCUCAACAUACUUCAAAGGCUAAAAACCAAGGGUCCAGUGUGGACCCACCAGUGAACGUAGAGCACAUUGUGACUCAGCAGCCCGCCCAGGGGGCAGGAGAUCAUCCAUCUGCAUCAAAAACCUCAGAUAUUGUUAAGAAAAAUAAGGACGACAAUAAUGAUAGCACAGAAUCCGAGGGCGAGGUUGAUCCACCACCACAAAUAGAUCUUGGAGAACAUGGAUAUUUAGUUGAGGGCAGUCUAACUACGACGAAAGCUAAAGCCCUAACUAUAUCCAUACCAUACAAGUAUGUUGUCUACAAGUACAAAAAGCAGAAGUACACGUAUGAGUAUAUUUACAAACUGGAUUCUGUGGAUUCUUCAAAAACGAAUAGGUGUUUGUUUGUGAAAUCCCAUCUGCUCAGUGCAGAAGGGGACUGGCAUCAGUAUGAUGACAUCAUCUGUGCUAAACCUUCAAAGAACAUGAUGAAACGAUUCAAAGAAUCUGUAUUGGAUGCUAUCUGGCCCGAACAGAGAAAGAGUGUAGUCCGGGGCAAAGAUAUUGCAGGAAAAAUCAUGCUAGAGUCCAUAUUUGAUCUCCUCAAGAGCUGGACUGAAAUAAAUUUGAGUAGUUUCCAGACCCAGCUGAAACAGUUCUUUCAGAUUUACGCAAACCCUUUUGUGUAUGAGGAGAAAAACAAGAAAUGGGUCUCCUUAAACUAUGGCGAAGAUGAUGUGAGGAAGAUGCUGAAGGAAUUCAUGCUGACAAAGGUGAUUCCUGAGUUGGUUAAGGAGGGAAAAGGGAAGAGCAUCUUCUUUCAGGACCGUCUGAAGGCGGCUGUGAUCAUGCUCCAUGUGUGGAAAGUGUAUGCUGUCAGACUGGAGCAUACUGAACUCAACCAACUAUGUACGGCCCUGUGCUUACCUAAGCUACCCAAAGAUGCUUUCCUCAAGUAUUGGACAACAUUUUCACAUGCUGUCUCUCGUCUCAAAAAUCUCCCAGAAAUGGUGGUGGCUCUGAUAAAAGCUGUGAAAACGGAGGGAAUGCCCCGCUGGAUUUUGGUAAUUCCUCUUCUUCACCUCCUCAAGGGCACCACAAAGCCCUUCCAGCAGUUGCCAAUCUCAGUUCCCAUCAACAGUCCCUUAACCUGGGCAGGCUUGCAAGAGCUGGAAUUGGGUUACUGGACACCCAACAGUCAGAACAAGAAGGCACUUUUGAAUCUGGUUAAAAAUGAAAACCACAUGGCGGAGGUGGACAUGCUUGCAGCCCGAUCCUGGAUGUAUCUCUUUACACUUGAUGAACUGGUAGAGUGUAGCCUCAUGGUUAAAGCUGACCUUUUGGAUACACUAUGUGUUUUCCAUCUAAAGACUCCUCAGGAUAUCAGCUUCACCAACUUCCAGGAUGUAUCUUGUGUACUUGAACAUGUUCAAGGGCAACUAAUUGAGCAAAAAUACAGCUGUGUUGAUAAUGCUUACAAAAUAGCAUGUCUAGCAACUUCAGUGCAACUGUUGAAGAAGGUCUGUGACGGUGUCCGGCCUACAAGUCAUAACCAGAAAUUUACAGAAAUACCUGUGGUAUGCAUGAAUCUGGUUGCAUUGGUCUCGGACUUCGCUCAGUCUUGUGGGGCUCAGAUGAUUCAAGAUGUGGAAAGAGAUGAACUAUGUGCAAAAGACUGCGAGUGGCUGCAGCAGGCAAUGUUCAUUAUGAGAGCCUGGAUGAGUAGGACCUUCCGUGAAAGAUUGCUGAACAGGGAACUUAGCUCCAUGUACCUCACAGUCACCGUCACUGAACCAGAGAUUGAAAUGUGGAACAACAUAAUUGCCCUCCAGUUCAAAAACAAAGAUUUCACAAAGGAAUGGAGACAGACGUUCAUUACGGAUUUUGAGGGCAAGCUUCUGAAGGAGACUGCAUUGGAUCAGAUUGAGUUCUACUGCUCAAACAUUGAGAAACUCAGUGACUCCCAUCCUCAUGUUGCUUCAAGCGUUGAGAAGUGUGCUCUUGAGGCUGUCACUGUUUUGUGCCAGACAAAGUCUGAAGGCAAACUUUUUGAGAGGUUCAAGAUAAACUGGAAGUUCGGAACACUAAUUUCAACAAUCAUUCAGAAAUCAUGGCCAAAGGAUAGCCACGGAAAUAAUCAUGAAGAGGAAGAAUUGAUCUUUCAGCAUCUCCUCUCUUGGUCAGCUGCCAGAGAUAUAUUCCAGCUACACGGAGCAGAUGAGCGACUGCUAGAGAAGCUCUCAUCGGAGGCCAAGCAAAGGCUUGAUAUUGCAGUGUCGUGCUUCACAGCCUUCACCAAUGAAAUGAUCCAAGGAAACAUCAAGAUCCGCCUGCUUAAAUUAAUUUUAGAAAGGAAACGUGUCUUUUUGGAGCUGCUAAAGAUUGAUUGUCUGUCUGAGAAUGACCGAUACAAGGAUGACACCAAAAUGAAGCGGUUGUUAGAGUACAGAGAGGAUGAAGUUAAAGCUGUGUACUACGAGAAGGAACUGGUGGAUGUUUUGUUAACGAUGAGCCACAAACUUGAGGAACAUGUGACAGUUGAUGUUGAUGACUUAAAAGAGAGACAACAGAUCAAGAUUGAGGUCAUGGCCCUAGAUCAUUUUAUGGAUGUUCAUCCAUUUGAUCAGCCGUCCUCUCCAAACGCUGGCAAGGUCACCUUCUUUGCUCUUGAGAAUGACAUCAGAAACAUGGCAGAGGUUCUACACAUCUUCAAAGAUAGUUACAUAUUCAAAAUGUGUUGGGAGGAGCAAGCCAGAAAAAAGGCCGCUGAAGCAAGAGCAACCGAAGACCUUUAUGAAUUGAGAGUGGUGGAUGUUAAUGCAACACUGUAUGAUAUACAGUGCGAUAUCUUUCUAGCCUGCAAUGACAACUACAAAAGAAUCUACAAUUGUCUGAAGAAGGGCAGCAUCAGGCUUGAGGAGGUUGAAAAACUCUUCAGAGCUUACAAGGGCAAGUAUGAUGAACUCACACGAGAGUUGAACCUCAUGUGCAGAGUUGAUGAAUCAUGCGACAAACAGUGGGUUGAUCAGAGGGUUCAACAGAUAUCGCAGUAUCAUGAGCUUCAUCUAGCUGUGAAAUCAGCCCAAAUCAUCAUGAUGGUCAAAGACGUACUUGGUCUACAAGGUGACUUCAAGGUUCUGCAGACACUACUAGAAGUUACUCACAUGGACUUUCAGAAAGAGCAGCUCAGUCGGAUUGACAACGAUCUAAUGCAAGCCAAGGUGGUUUUGGUGGACAUCACCGAGCCUCGCAGACAUUGUCUAGAGGAGCUAAAAAAUAGAAAACACUUUGUUAACUGGGUUAAGGAGGCCCUUGAAGAUAUCAACGAGUUGAAGGUGUUUGUUGACCUGGCCUCCAUCUCAGCUGGGGAAAAUGACAUGGAUGUGGAUCGAGUUGCAUGUUUCCACGAUGCGGUCCUUGGUUAUUCGUCAAUGCUCUAUGACCUCAAACCAGACUCGGGUUUUCAGGCCUUUAAGGAGGCGCUGAAGAAGCUCUGGAGAGCUUUGGAGAAUGACGUCAAAUUGCCAAAGAAGCUGCUUGAUACUGCACGCCAUCUUGAAUGGCUCAAGACUGUGAAGGAUAGCCAUGGGUCGGUAGAGUUGUCCUCGCUUUCCUUAGCAUCAGCCAUCAACGACAAGGGUAUCUAUGUGAUCAAUGCACAGAAUGUAAAGAAGUUUAGUCUUGAUACAGCCCUGAAGAUGCAGAUUCCAGAGGAGCACGGUGAAGGCCAUGAGAUUCGCACUUACUCUCUUGAGGAUCUGCGAGAGCUGCACAACAAACUCAUGCUCAUGUCCGGUAAAGCGGAUCAGGGUCAGAAUGAUGUCGACUACUUUGCUGAGGUAUUUGCUAGUGUUCAAAGACUAGCUGAGGCAUUCAUUGCAUUGUAUGCAGCUGGGAAUCCUUUGUUCAGGCACUGGGAAGCCUAUAUUAACUGCAGCUUAAGGAGUGGGAAACCCAGCAUCACAGUGGAUUUUGGCCUGGAGAAUGUGGUUAGUGUUAUCAUCAUGGAGGGUAACAUACAGGAAGAGCUUCCUGAACUUUGCCGAAAAAUGGAGAAAUGUCUAGACUAUUGGAUGGACUUUGUGGACAAACAGAGAUCUCAGCAUUAUUACUUGAACUACUACACAGCAGAGCAGAUUGUCUACCUGUGCAGUAAAAUGACUCAGCAAAAUGUAGCUCAUUUGGAAGACCAAGAUCUCAUGAUGCUCUCCUUUGUCAAACCAAACUGCACAGCCUUAGAUUUAAGGGAAGUAUGGCAUGCUUUUCAGUAUGAAAUCCUCACCAAACCACAAGAAAAAAAUGAAGACAUUCAUUUUCAGACUUUUGUUGAAGUGUCAGACGCACAAGCAGGGCUGGACAUUACACGAGAGUUGGAUCCUCUAUCAAGCUGUGUACAACAAGUAGUAGGUUCUCAAACGUUCGAUUUGAUGUGGAACGCUUACAUGAAAGACAUGAAAAAAUUUCUUCCACGCAUUCUUGAUAUAAACAGUCUUGGAAGACUUUUGGAAAUACUGGCCAACAAGGGAGAUGACGAGGAGGAAGACCUUUCAGAGGAGAAGAGGGAAAGUGUCAUUAAAAGAAAGCCUCCUCAAGGUUUAGCCAUUGGAAAUCCAAACCUUAUUCUUUGCACACACAGUGAGGUCUUGACAUCUUGCAUCUCCAUUUAUAUGAGCAGUGAACACGAGGCACUACCCACAUAUGAUGAAGUGCUCCUCUGCAACUCAUCAACAUCUUACGAGGAGGUGGAGCUGUUUCUCAGACGCUGUCUCACUGAAGGCUAUAGAGGACAAAAGAUAUACACAUUAUUGUAUGGAGAUCAGCUGACAUAUGAUGUGAGCUCCAAAGUUGAGAGCUUCUUCGAGCGAAUUAAAAAGCAAAGCAGAAAAGAUUACAGACUCGUUAUCAUCUGCAGCUCAGAUCGAGAACAUGCUUACCUUCCCUCAGUCUUCAGCCAGUAUAGAUUGCACAUGGUCCCUCGGGAGCCAUUGGCCAGGAUCCAGAGGUACCUCAGUAGUCACUACACUGUCCCAGCUGAUCAAUGUAGUGCCGCAGCUGUGUUCAAAGACAGACUGUGUGUUGGAGUUGUGUCAUCCAUAAGAGCAGGUGUUGGUAAAUCUCUCUACAUAAAGAGGCUUUAUGAGGAGCUCAAGCAGUCAAACGAGCCUUCCACGAUGAAAUGCGUCCGCAUCAUUGAACCAAAUGUUGAUGAAAAUUGCAUCCUUCAGUUCCUGUUUACUAGCCCCAAGAAGGCGGACCUGACAAUUUUCCAUUUUGAUGUCACAUCAUCGGUGCAGAAAGGCCUUCACGAAUUUCUUUUCAAACUACUGAUCCUACGCUACCUGAUGGACUCAGAAGGAAAGAUGUGGAAGUGCUGCAACAAACAGUUGUACAUCAUUGAGAUCUUGGAAUCAACUGCAACAUUGCCCAGAUAUUGUUCACUGCAGAGCCAGGCAGUGAACAGCUCAUUCAUAGAUGUCUUCCCAAACAUUUCCUGCCGACCACCAAAAGAGGUUUUAAUGUUAGAGAUGAGGAAGCUAGAAGAUCCCACUUUUAUGAACCUUGAGGACCCAGUGAUGGAUGAUCAAGUAUUUAGAAGUGAAGACUUCCAGAGACCAUAUCAGUACCUCACACGGUUUUAUAACCAUGAAGAUCUUGAAACUUUCUUCUACCGUGGUGUUGAAGGCUCACAUGUAGAAUGUCUACAAAUGCUUCUCAUGUACUGUGGCGUUAUGGACCCAUCCUGGGCAGAAUUGAGAAAUUUUGCAUGGUUCCUGAACCUUCAGCUGAAAGACUGUGAGACAUCUGUUUUUUGUGAUGCCAGCUUGGUUGGGGAUACUCUGAAAGGAUUCAAGAAAUUUGUUGUGGACUUCAUGAUUCUUAUGGCUAAGGACUUUGCCACGCCAUCACUCAGCAUUUCUGAUCAGAGUCUUGGGAGGAAGCAAAUGGACCUGACUAAGCUCCGUGAUGAAGAUUUGGCCCCAUUUCUUAUAAGGAAAAGAUGGGAGUCGGAACCUCAUCCAUACAUCUUCUUUAAUGAUGACCAUGUGUCAAUGACCUUCAUAGGAUUUCAUCUUCAGCCUAAUGAUCAAAUGUUUGUUGAUGCCAUUGAGCCCUCUUCUAGAAGGGUCAUUAAAAAAAACAUCAUGACUAUGGAGCUGUAUGAGGGCCUCAAGCUACAGAGAGUUCCUUUCAACAUUGACUUUGAUCACCUACCCAGAGGAAAGAAAAUUGAGCAGCUCUGCAGUGUCCUUGGCAUCCAGUGGCCUCUUGAUCCUGAUGAAACAUAUGAGCUGACCACUGACAACAUACUGAAGAUGUUAGCAAUCCAUAUGCGGUUCCGGUGUGGCAUCCCUGUCAUCAUCAUGGGAGAGACAGGGUGUGGCAAGACUAGACUCAUCAAAUACCUUUGUGAAUUACGGAGGGCUGGAGUGGCCACAGAGAACAUGAAAUUGGUCAAAGUGCACGGAGGGACAAGUUCUGAUAUGAUUUACACCAGAGUCAAAGAAGCAGAAGUCAUUGCUUGUAUCAACAAAAAGGACUAUGACAUUGAUUCCGUUCUCUUCUUUGAUGAGGCCAACACAACAGAGGCCAUCAGCAGUAUUAAGGAGAUCCUCUGUGACCAAACGGUCAAGGGUGAAGUUUUGACACCCCAUUGUGGAUUGCAAAUUAUAGCUGCAUGCAACCCUUACCGAAAGCACACGGAUGAGAUGAUUGAGAGGUUAGAAUCUGCUGGCCUUGGGUACCGAGUUCGAGCCAAAGACACAGAUGAAAAGCUGGGGUCCAUCCCACUACGGCAGUUGGUGUACAGAGUUCAGUCAUUGCCACCAAGCAUGAUCCCUCUUGUGUGGGAUUUUGGACAGUUAAAUGAUCAAACAGAGAAUAUGUACAUCCAACAGAUUGUGCAGAGAGUAGUCGGCAUCAGUGCAAUCUCUGAUGUAGGAUACAUCAAGGUGAUCACAGAUGUCCUGUCAGCCUCGCAGAGAUAUAUGCGAAAGAGGAAAGAUGAGUGCAGCUUUGUCAGCUUACGGGACGUGGAACGCUGUAUGCAAACUUUUGUGUGGUUCCAUAAGAACCAUGACAUGCUUUUUGCUGAGCUGGAAGAGUUGGAGAGAAAACAAAAUUCUGAGAUGACUGAAAGACACCAAAUUGAUCCAGAGGUCCGGGACCCUGUGCUCUGGUCUCUGGUCAUGGCUGUAGGUGUGUGCUAUCAUGCUUGCCUAGAACACAAGGAAAAAUACAGACAGAAAAUCUGCAAAAGUCUACCAGUGUAUACCUCAGUGAAAGUGAUGCAGGAAAUCUCACUUAUGCAAGAUCUACUUUUGAGUGGUGUUCCCUUGGGGGAAACUAUCGCAAGAAACAGUGCACUCAAAGAGAACGUCUUCAUGAUGGUACUUUGCAUUGAGUUAAGGAUCCCUCUCUUUUUGGUUGGAAAGCCUGGAAGUUCAAAAUCUUUGUCUAAAACUCUGGUGGCAGAUGCAAUGCAGGGCCAAGCUGCUCACACAGAGCUCUACAAAAAGCUGAAACAGAUUCACUUAGUGUCCUUCCAGUGCAGCCCUCACUCAACACCAGAAGGCAUUAUUAACACAUUCAAACAAUGUAGUCGCUUCCAGGAAGGAAAGAAUCUGAAUGAAUACAUCUCUGUUGUGGUCCUUGAUGAGAUAGGGUUGGCUGAAGACUCCCCCAAAAUGCCACUGAAAACCCUUCAUCCACUGCUAGAGGAAGGAUGCAUUGAUGAUGAGCCAUUGCCACACAAAAAGGUGGGAUUCAUUGGAAUCUCGAAUUGGGCCUUGGACCCUGCUAAGAUGAACAGAGGUAUCUUUGUCUCUCGAGGUGACCCUGAUGAGAAGGAACUCAUAGAGAGUGCCAAAGGAAUAUGCUCCUCUGAUGCAAUGAUUUUGGACAAGGUCAGGGAUUUCUUCCAACCCUUUGCCAGAGCCUACUUGAAUAUCUGUCGUAGACAGGGGAAAGGAUUUUUUGGCCUGCGUGACUACUACAGCUUGGUAAAGAUGAUUUUUGCGUCAUCCAAAACUUCUCAACAUAAACCAAGUGCAGAGAAGAUUGUGGAGGCAGUGCUGAGAAAUUUCAGUGGCAGAGAUGAUAUGGAUGCAGUAACCGUCUUUACUAAAAGACUGCAGAUUUCCCCCAACCUUGAGGGCAUCAAUACUAUUGAGCUUGUGAGACAAAACAUUUUGGCUAUCGGACAAGAGGAAGAGUGCCGGUACUUGCUGGUUCUUACAAAAAACUAUGCAGCCCUACAGAUCUUACAACAAACUUUCUUCUUACACAGUGGCCACCCUGAAAUAAUAUUUGGCUCUAGCUUCCCAAAGGACCAAGAAUACACCCAAAUAUGCCGCAACAUCAACAGAGUAAAGAUCUGCAUGGAAACAGGCCAAACUGUUGUGCUCCUGAACUUGCAGAACCUAUAUGAAAGUCUCUAUGAUGCGCUCAACCAAUACUAUGUUUCCCUGGGGGGACAGAAAUAUGUGGACCUUGGCCUGGGAACCCAUCGUGUCAAAUGCAGGGUGCAUCAAGACUUCAGACUCAUUGUCAUUGAAGAAAAAGAAGUGGUCUACAAACAGUUCCCAAUUCCUCUUAUCAACAGACUGGAGAAGCAUUACUUAGACAUCCACACUGUCCUCAAGGUUGAGCAGAAGAGAAUUGUGGAGGAACUGGAAAAGUGGGUUAAACAGUUUGUGUCUCUCAGUAGUCAACAUGUGGUACCUCAGUCCCACAAGUACCAACCGGCAGAUGUUUUUAUUGGGUACCAUUCAGACACAUGUGCCUCUGUAAUUCUUCAAGUGAUUGAAAAUCAAAAGGAGGACAUGGAAACCUCAGAUUCUGACAGAAGAGUUGUGGAUGAGGCUAAACUCAUACUGCUGAACUGUGCUACACCAGACUCUGUGGUACGCUUGGACUGCACUGGGCUUCCCAAAGUGGAGAGUGAAUAUCUCACUAUGGUCUACUUUGAAAAGCAGAAGAACAGUUGCUUGGCUGACUUUGUCCUUGCUCACACACGUCAGGAUGCCCGGUGCUGGUCCUUCUUCACAGAGGUGACCACAUUCUCCAGACUGCUGACAGCAUCUGACUUGGAACCACUGGAGCAAGUCUUCCACAGUGUGGAGCUUCUCUCACUCCAGCAGUUUGACACGGAACACUCCUUCCUCAAGAAAAUCCGACAUUUUCUUACAGCUGAAAACAGAAGCAAAUGUGCAUCUGACCACAAGAUCCUCUUCAUUCAGUGUGAUUUUGAUGAAGAUUCUCAUAGUGCCAAUCUUAUUGCAUCGGCAAGGUACUCAUCCAUAAAUGAAAUAAACAAAACCAGCCAAGAGAGCAAGGGAGGCAAGGUGUUUGUUUACUUCAUUACCAAGCUGCCAAGAAUGGAAGGAGGGGCUCCCUAUGUUGGGUUUCAAGGAGGCCCCUGGAGAUCUGUUCAUAUCGACGACCUCAGACGGUCAAAAGAUAUUGUGUCAGACAUCAAAGCCCUGAGAAACCUGACAAUCAGUCAACUGUUUGAGGAAAGGAUGAAUCACCGUGAAUCCAUGGAAGCAGAUGAGAUAGAGCAACAUGAUAUGGAAUGUGAAGACCAAACUCUUCAGAGCUUCAAGGACGCACUUGACACUACAGUUUUACUACGGAGCUGUGUGCAGAGUGCUGUGGGCAUGCUGAGGGACCAGGUACAGAGCGGCUCCCGUAGUACCAGAAGAGUGGAGAUCCUUUUGACACUCCUCAAUGAUGGUGAUGAAAUGAAAGCGAAAUUUCUGAGAACUGUGAAGCGGCGCCUACACUCUUUACUGGUGGCUCAUGAUGGCAACACUUUUUCAUCCAUCAAAAGCAACUGGGUCAUUAACGAGGCUUCCAACAUUGAUGCUUUGCAAGAAGGAGGAACCUUCAGGAAUACUUUAUGGAAACGGAUCCAAGCUGUGGUCAUCCCCUUGUUAGCCCACCUCAUUUCCUUCAUUGACCGGGACCAGAACCUGGACAUGCUGGUCGACACCAACUCUGAUGAAUCUGUUAAGAAACUGUGGUUGGAUAUCUUUGGCGAUGAUAAACUGCUGGAUGUUCCAAAUGUAACACUUGACUCCAGCUCUGAGACAAGAACCAUCCUCAUGCACAACUAUAUUGCCGAGGAUAAGAAAAUUGGCUGCAGCAUGCCUUUCGGCUGGAGGAUCAAGGACUACCUGGAUGAACUCUGGGUUCAUGCCCUUCAAUAUGAAGGUCACACACAAAGUCAGUUUGAAGAGUUCUUUAGGAAGACUCCACUCGGCCAAUUCAUUGCAAAAGUAGACCGGGACAUGCAAACAGAGUUUUUCCACCGAUACCUACAAGAUUUCAUCUCCAUGACAAUGAAUGUGGCCUGUCAGAAAGAUCUUGAGCUCCUUUGUGGCGCUUUACACUGUUGUGUCAAUGAGCUGCGAUUGCGCCAUAAUGCUCUUGAUAAAGAAGUGUCUCUUCCAUGGGUCCAUGCUGCCUACCAUGAGUUCAAGACUCGAUUGCUGAACCUCUCCAGAAUGAUCAGUCUUGAGCCCCGGGUGACCCAGGACCUCCUGACACAUGCUCAUGCUAAAGAUGGGAUGGAGCUGCUGCUGGACGUGUAUGCUGCGUUUGCCUGCAUGGAGCACCUAGACCCCCAAACUGACCUACAGUCCCUGGCCACAGAUGCCAAGAGACAGGAAUGGCUCAGGCACGUCAAAAAGCUUCAGAUUCCCAUCGAGUUAAUCUGCUCUGAAGACAGUUUCACACUCUAUGGAGAGAGAAGCAAGACCAUGAUCUGUAGAGUUCGGUCCGGAUGGAACCGUAUCUUCUCCUUGUCUCUGUUUGUGGAGCACAUGUUGAUGGGCGUUGAGGAGGUGGACAAGAAGUUGACCCCAUUAGUCCUGAAACAUACCCAGCAGCUCGGCAUGAUACUGGAAGACAAUUCAGAUCUCAAAAUGCUGCAGCCAUUCGAGGCAGUGAUUGGCAUGCUCAGAGCCUGCAGAGAUGGAGUGGUAGAAAGCAUCUUCAGGUUUGGGCCCCAGCCCUGCCCUGUGUGUAUGGGGGACCCCCAAGAUCCACUCAGUCUUCCAUGUGACCACAUCUACUGUGUGGUGUGUAUCAGACAAUGGCUGAUAGCUGGUCAGAUGUACUGUCCCCUCUGUAUGCAGCCUGUUCCAGAUGACUUUCCCAUGGCUCCUUCAGAAGAGACAAGGACUCUUGUCAGCCAGCACGCUCAGUUCAGAAAGCAUUGCAACGCUUUCUUCAUAGACCUGGUGUCUACUGUUUGCUUCAAAGACGACUCUCCCCCGUGCCACGCCAUCAUUUUACAUUUGCUUUCCUAUCUCAUGGUGGAAGCCAAAACUGUUGUAAAAGGUAAUCAAAUUCUGACUAAGGCACUUUCUCCAUUUGACGAUUCGUUGGAUAAAAAUCCGGUGGUUCGGUCGGUAGUGCUCAAGCUCUUGUUGAAGUACAGCUUUGAUGAAGUAAAGGAAUACCUGCAGCGUCAUCUAGCAGCGGUCGAGCAGAGCAACAUCCUGGAGGAGUCGGACAAAACGGAACUCUACUCCUUGUACAUUAAUUGCCUCGAGGAUUCCAUGUAUGAGAGGGUGCAUUUCCAUAACAUAUCAGAGCAGCAGGCGUACCUGCAGGAUGAAAGAGCUUUCCUGACCCACUAUCUGCAGUCAGAUGUUGUCUCGACCCACGCAGUCACUGUAAAUUACCUGCAGCAGGUGGCCAGGGUGCGUAUGGGCCUUGACAUGGCUGCCGACCUGCUUGUGCAAAGACUAGCAGCUGAAGAAGCCCAGGUAGACUGUCAGAAUGGGACCACAGCUUUUCUGGCCAGUGUUAUGGACCUAUGUAGAUGCAGAGGGAACAAUUGGUACCGUGUCUACCUGAUCCGCAAGAUCUGCAGCCAGAAGGGAGUUGAGUUUGUCCAGGAGCUCCUCAAGAGGGACAACAUGCGCUGGCUCUUCCCUGUAGAAGUUAUGCAACAGUGUCAAGAGGGCAGUCCUAUUGACCAGUUCCUUGUGUGCGGAGAGGAUUAUAAGACUAUCAGAGAUGCUGUAGCUAAGACGAUGAUGGAGGGCAAAGUGAAGGGGCUUGACAAGACUUGUGAGGACUGUAAAUGCUUGCCACAAAGGAAGGUAGUUUUCCUUCUUCUGGCACUGUUCAGAGAAGUCACCUGUCUCUACAGAUCGGCUAGCGUUAGCCUCCACCCAAAGCCCGAGCAAUGCCAAGUGCUGAUGGCCUUCAUCCAGGCUUCCACAGUCUUAGCCAGCCCACCAGUAAAGGCCUUUGCUCGGGCCCUGGUGACCAACCAGCUCGGGCUAUUGACUGUCAAGCAUGGGGCUUCUAGUGCCCAUUGUGUGGCGGUGGAGCUGACAGUCCACCUAGCAGCCGUCCUACUUUGUGGGACACAGGGGAUCCUUGUACCUCUGCAGCAGCUGGCACUGACCCCUGCCAACAUGCAACAAGCCUUCUUGCCCACCAUGCCAGAGGAUAUGUUGGCAGUGGCUCGCCAAGCUCUGGGACAAGUGCGUUGGUACUAUUGUCUGAAUGGUCACCCCUGUGUUGUUGGCGAGUGCGGCCUACCCACGGAGACUAGAAAUUGUUUGGACUGCGGUGCUGUGAUUGGGGGAAAUAACCACCAGCCUGUUGAAGGAUUUACAAAUGCUCCGUUGCUGGGCGACCGCACUCAGUCAGGCCACAUCCUAGGCGACCCCCGUCGAAGGGACAAUCCUGACAUGCUGGACACCAAGAACAUGUCCCCUGUGUCCUUUAACGUGGUCCGCAUGCUCACCCACAUGGCCAUGCUGCUCGGGGGAAGCAACAACAUAAAUCACAUCUCCACUAUCAUCAAGCCUCCAGUUCCUGACCUCGAAGCGUUCCUCCUCGGUCACCUGCAGAAGGAUAUGGCGCAUCUAACCAGGUCUCUGGGCAAGGGCACAGACGACACAGUCAACGCUGUUCACCUCCUCAUCAGCAGUCUUCUAGAGCCAAACCAACGUGCCCCAUGGCCUGUCCCGUAUGAUAAUCAGCUUUCCACCAAAGAGGCCAGAAAUGGCUGGGAGAUGACAAGCGACAACAUCAUUACUCCUCAGUUAAAGCACUUGGACAGACAGCUGAAGGACGUGAACGCUUUCAUCCGGACUGACUCUCGGGUGUCCACUAACCCCAUCAUCAAGCUGAUGUUCGGGGAUCCACGCCUCUUCCUGUCUUCCCUGCCCCAAAACUCGGUGAUCCACUGCUCGGCAGUGUGGAGCGUGAGAGAGAAGGUGUCCCUGCAGAGCCUCACGCAUCUGGUAGUGCAGAACGAUGGCAAAGACACUCUUCCUGUCCUCUGGAGAUUCCUGCACAAGGAGGCAGAGCUCCGGUUGGUGAAGUUCCUUCCUGAGAUCCUGACACUUCAGAGAAAUCUGGUCAAGAAGUUCCAGAACAUCUCCGACCUGCCGUACGGGACCAUCGCUGAGUUCCUCCAUAGUCAGACAGCAGUGUCACUGAAAGCCUGGUAUGAGAAAAGCAUCAACAUCUUCCUGACAACCUGGAAUCAGCUCAGGGUUUCUUUGGCAACUAACGGGGAGAUCAAGAUUCCAGCUGAGUUCUGCCAAGAGGACUUAGGCCUGACCAGCGACUUGAAGGUGCUGUUACCACGGCGACGAGGCCUAGGCUUGUGCUCGACGGCCCUGGUCAGCUACCUCAUUGCCCUGCACAAUGAGCUGAUCAACUGUGUGGACAAACACACCGGCGAGGAGACCAGUUACAAAGUGAGCCCCACCGACCUGACUGACCUGCAUGUGAUACGCUACGAGGUCGAGAGGGACCUGAUGCCCCUUGUUCUGUCCAACACUCAUUACAGCGUUCAGAGAGGCCAGGAGACCCUGCAUGAGUAUGACCUCCCCAAAAUCCAGCAGCAGAUCCUCACCCACUUCCUGCAUGGGAAGCCUCUCAUUACCCUUAAUGGCAUUCCAACACUCGUAAACAGACACGACCGCAACUAUGAGAUUAUUCUCAAGGAUGUGAAAGACAAAGUCAAGCAAGAUUCUCUUCAGGCCCUGACCCUCUCUGCCGUGGCUGGGGAGCUGCAGUCCUACAGCGAGGUGUGCGAGGCGUUGUCUACGGUAGAGGUGGCCCUGGGCUUCCUCGCUAAGACUGGGGGAGAGCCCGACAUGCAGCUGGCCUGCUACCUGGAGGAGGUGCUGCAGAUGGGAGACCAGACGCCUCCACACAUCCUCAAGGCCUUGAGCAUGUGCAGUCUGAAACACUGUGUGGCGCUGUGGCAGCUCCUGACUUCGCUCAAAUCCGAGAACAUGCUACGCCUCAAGAGGGAUCCAUUUGUGGAGGUCUCGGAGGUGUACAAGCAGGCCCUUGGUGAGGAGGAGCGCAGGCUUCUGACUGUUUUCUUUUCUAAGAGCAGCACUGACUUCUUCCUGCUGGAGAUGCACGAGUUCCUGCUGCUGGUCCUCAGAAACCCCAACGCCACUGACACCUUCAAGCCCAACUGGGGACUGAAAGUCACACUGUUGUCUUACAUGGAGCUCAAAGACAUGGACGCCUCCCCCGAUGUGGAGGAGCUCUUCCCGGAUAAGGUCCUCCUGUCCCAGUACAUCGAAGCCUGGAAGUUCAUUGUGGCCUUCAAGCAGGAGCGCAGUCAGAGAUAAUGAUGUCGAGCUGCUCGGGACUCUGUCGGCCUUUGUCCAUUUUAUAUUCCUCAGAUCUGCAGUCUCAGCUUCUACAAUCACAUUAAUCGAUCAAAGUCUGUUGCAGGAAUGGUGAUGAUGUGUGUCGCACACUUCAGUGCGUGUCAUAUGUGCCGUUUUGAAGAGCACUGAGAACAACUGUAGCAGGGUGAGUUUAAGCUGGCCCGCUGCCAGCUUAAACUCACCUCAUAUACAAAGUUGAACAUCAUUUCCUGAAAUAAUUACAAUGCUGUCCUCUCCUUUCUUUUCGUUUUCUUUCAGAAUAUUUCUGCUUGUUAUUGUUCGGCGAUACUUGUUUAUUUCCAAGUCAGUUUUUUUGAAUGUAAAGUGUAUUUUUUUGCUUGCACCCCAAUUCAAUGUGAAUUUCUUUGACAAAGAAAAAAAUAGAUUCUAUGUAUUAUUAUUUUUUUUUUACUCAGGUGCUGUGCAAAACUCGUGAUACGCGGACUCAUGUCGAUGUUGAAACUCGAGCGGGUCUCGACCGCUUGGCGGUCAGUCAGUAGAAGAGAUCCGGUAACAGCAGCCCGUCUUGAGUUUGCCUUACUGUCAAGUAGCUUCGUCAACCAUGUCCUCAAACAUUUUACUGACUCCCGACUUCUCACAAGUAAAAGCUGCCAACUUGUAUUUCUUGCACUGUUUAAAGUCGGACACUUUUCUGCUGUUAUUUCUUAUAGCUGGACCAGUUCUUCUUUCGCUCGUUUCCAAAUCUGAUGAUUAAAAUGUUGAAUUUGUUGAACG